AUGCAGGAUUUGAGGAUCUUAACGUCCGUUGAUGAACUUCCAAAGGUCAAGACACUUGCAGAUGCAAUUGAGAAAGAAAGAGAAACCUUUGCCCUUCAACUGAAGACCAGAACGGGACAAAACGAAGCCGUUCUGUAUGACCUCGAUCGGGCGGACAAACAGCUGCUAGCAUUGGCUGAAAAUAUUGCUUCCGUACGUUCGAGCUCUGAUACAGCAAAAUUGAGAGCGCAGUACGGCUCUCUCGCAGUUUUGGAUCAAAUUGAUACCCUUUUCACUCAAAAAGCUGCUAAAACGGCGGAGAUAUCUGCUUUAAAACAGUUGGAAGACAUUUCUGUCGCUAUUAAGACCGCUAAAGAAGAAUCUGAGAUUCAAGAAUCACAGUUACAACAGUGGCAUGACAACUUGGAUGUUUUGAAAUCUCAAUUGCAAGAUUCGGACUUGGAAUCGGUGUUCCAGAGUUUCAACAACCUAUUACAACAACAGGCCCUUCCGUUACGUGAGGAAUUGAAAUCUGUACUUUUAGACUCUGGUUGGGAUUUACCGGGAAAGGAUUACAGUGUACUUGUUUCUGAGCUACCUAGGUCGUCUUUGAAACAGCUUUCGUCGCGGAUAUAUCGCUUGAACCAGCUAUGGCUGCCGCAACGAGGUUCCGACGACAUUUGGAAUUUUGAGUGUAUUGCGAACAAUUUCAAAAUCAAGUUCAUUUAUCAUUUCAUGAAGGAGUCCAUCCAAGAGCCAAACUCUGUUGAAAUGUAUUUCAAAUUUCUCGAGAAAUACCUGGAACUCAAUCUUUACAAAAGUGUCAACCUUUUCCACGAUCCAUCCGUGCCAGACCUUGACGAAAAUUUUGUACAUCAACAAUUCAUAAACCACGUUCUAGUCCCUAUACGUGAGAAAGUGAACGUUACAUUGGUGAAUAUCGCCAAUAGUGCUUCGAGUAAUCACCUCAAAACGCUUGUGGUGCUGAUUUCUCAAAUUUUCAUAAUUGACAAUGCACUGGUGAAAAAACACUUUUACGACGGUUUGGGUUUGAUCGCAAUGAUACCCGAGGAGGUACUAAAUGCCUGGCUGUCAUUCGAGAUUGAUUCUUCCCUCGACCAAUUUCAAAAAAUCACCAAGACGGCGAAUCUUGUCAAGAGCGGUUCAGAUUUCGCAAAACUUCUGGAAAAUCUUUAUCUGUAUUUUGAGCCGUUCUUCAAUGUUGAAUAUGGCAAACUGAUGGAAUAUAAGUUGCGAACUACCAAAACGAUUUUCAUGGAUUUGACUCAAAAGUAUCGCGACAUACUCUUGAAUUCAAAGGAUGAGCCUGGUGAAGCUUCUUCAGAGCAGGCCCAGUUCGAGAAAACUCUUUGGAAGACUCAUAAUUUACAGCUCAUCAGGAUCACAUUGGAGAAUUUUGCGGAUAAGCUAAACUUCAUCUUGCUCACUGAAUAUUUGAAUUCAGCUACUUCUUCAUCAUACGAUACAAUUUUCGACGAUGUUUUGAAUCUCUAUGAAAACGCUAUUACGACCGCAAAAGAGUCCAUUAUCCACAGAUACAAGAAACUCAUGAACGCCGCCCUUCGUAAUUAUUUCAAAGUUAGCGAAUGGAAUCAAAUAAGCUCCGCGCCGCAGCAGUGUAGCGCCGAGAUAGUUUCACCACUAAACUUAUCUAAUAAGUUGAUCACUGCACUGGAAAAAGUUGACCUGACUCCUGAUAUCAUUCUGGCCAUCAAAACUGACAUCUUGAAUAUAUUGAUUCAUUAUAUGAUGGACUAUGUGAUAAAUCUCAAUAGGUUCAACAAGUUUGGAUUGGAUCAACUUCGACUAGAUUUUGACAUGCUGAAAGAAAGCUUGCGCUUUUCGCAUAACUCCAGUCCUCAGACUGCCGAGGAAGGCUCAUUUUUUGAAACUUUAGAAAUUUUGGCUCUCAAGUAUAGAGAUGACAACAGAUACCGGAAUUUCUUGACUAAGUCCUUUAUCGACCGCCGACAGUUCUCAGAUCUGCGAGAAAGUCUUGCGAUAAAGUACUCAACUGAUAGUGAAUUAGCAAAUGCAUUGUAUAGAAAUUUAUAA